AUGGCAUCAAAUAAAGAGCCUCCCAAGUCUACAAUAAAAAGAGAUACUCUGAGAAAGAUUGAACUAGCAGUCCAGAAGCAAUGGCAAGACUCUCGAGUCUUUGAAUCUAAUGCUCCAAGACCAGAGGAGCCCAGAAAGGAAAAGUUUAUGGGAACAUUCCCAUUCCCUUACAUGAAUGGGCGAUUGCAUCUGGGUCACUCCUUCUCUCUCUCAAAAAUCGAAUUCGCGAUGGGUUAUGAGAGAUUGAAGGGCAAGAACUGCUUGUUUCCUUUUGGAUUUCAUGUUACUGGAAUGCCCAUCAAGGCUGCUGCAGACAAGAUCAAGAAUGAAUUGUAUUUGUCUGACUCUCGUAUCUCAAUACCUUCAGAAGAAGAAGAAGUUGUUGCUGAAGCUCCGGUAGCAAAUGGAACUGAAGCACCGUCAGACGAUCCAACCAAAUUCAAAAAGAAGGCUGCCAAAGUUACAGCAAAGUCAACAGGUCUAAAGUAUCAAUUUCAGAUCAUGGAGAGUAUGGGCGUCCCACGAGAAGAAAUCUACAAGUUCGCGGAUUCAUUGCAUUGGUUGUAUUACUUCCCACCAUUGGCAAUCGAAGAUUUGAAGGCCAUCGGAUUAAAAGUAGAUUGGAGACGCUCAUUCAUGACAACCGAAGUAAACCCAUAUUAUGACUCCUUCGUACGAUGGCAAUUCAACCGUCUGAAAGCGAUGUCUCCUCCCAAAGUUCAAUUCGGUGAACGAUAUACCAUAUACUCUCCUCUCGACGGCCAACCAUGUAUGGAUCACGAUCGAGCUGUCGGUGAACAAAAAGGAGUUCAAGAAUACACAGGCAUAAAAAUACGUAUCGAUUUCGAAGAAUUGAGAUCCGUACCGGAUGCUCAACGUGAUAAAUUAAAGAACGGUGUACCUGUCGGGCAAGUCCUGACGUCACCUGAAGUGUCGAAAGCUAUUGGAUCUCGACAGGUGUAUAUGGUUGCUGCCACUCUACGUCCUGAAACCAUGUAUGGUCAAACCAAUUGUUAUGUUGGUGAAAAUAUCAAAUAUGGUAUAUACGAAGUAGAUGAUAAGGAGGCAUGGCUGAUGACUGCUCGUGCUGCUAGAAAUAUGACAUGGCAAGGCCUCUUUGGGUCUAAGCCAAAGGGUGCCAUUGUAAAGCUGGCCGAGGUCAUUGGUAAAGAUCUAAUAGGUAUACCGAUAAAUGCACCCUUGACACCGUAUAAACGAAUCUAUGUAUUGCCGAUGGAAGGUGUACUAGAUUCGAAAGGUACUGGAGUCGUUACAUCUGUGCCAUCUGAUUCGCCCGACGAUUACAUAACUCUACAAGAUCUGAAAAAGAAGCAUGAAUGGUAUGGCGUACAGUUGAAAUGGAUCGAACCAUUCCCAGCUGUACCUGUAUUAGAAACACCCAAUUAUGGUAAUUUGGCCGCCAAGACUGCUAUCGAGAGAGAAAAGAUUGUGUCGCAAAAGGAUAAAGAAAAAUUGGAGAAGGCCAAAGCUGAUGUCUAUAAGGAAGGAUUCUAUCAAGGAAAGAUGGUCGUUGGAGCUUACGCUGGAAAGAAGGUCACAGAAGCCAAAAACUUGAUUCGACAAGACAUGAUCAAAAGUGGAGAUGCCAUACCGUAUUGUGAACCUGAAGCUUUGAUUGUCAGUCGAAGUGGCGAUGAAUGUGUCGUGUCAUUGGAAAAUCAGUGGUAUAUAGAUUAUGGAGAGACUGUAUGGAGAACACAAGUAGAAGAUGAAGAGACCAAGAAGCAAUUCGAAAUCAUUUUGGGAUGGUUGAAUCAAUGGGCAUGUGCAAGAAGUUUCGGUUUGGGAACUAAGUUGCCUUGGGAUCCACAAUAUGUCAUUGAAUCAUUGAGUGAUUCUACGAUAUAUAUGGCAUACUAUACUGUUUCCCACUUGUUGCAUGGUGGAACAUUGGAUGGAUCAAAACCUGGUCCAGUAGGUAUAGAUUCCAAACAAUUGACGGAUGAUGUAUGGGAUUACAUAUUCCGUGAUGAUGCACCACCACCUGCAAACACAACCAUUCCAUCAGCAUCAUUGGAUUUGCUACGUCACGAAUUCCGAUAUUGGUAUCCCAUGAACGUGCGAGUAUCAGGCAAAGAUUUAAUUGGUAAUCAUUUAACAUUCGCCUUAUACAACCACGUCGCAAUAUUUGAACCCAAAUAUUGGCCAUUGGGGAUGAGAGCAAACGGACAUUUAUUAUUGGAUGGUGCCAAAAUGUCUAAAUCAACUGGUAAUUUCAAGACAUUGACUGAAUCUACUGACGAAUUCGGUGCCGAUGCUACACGAUUCGCUCUAGCUGAUGCUGGUGAUGGUCUGGACGAUGCCAAUUUCAUGACUGAUACAGCAAAUAAAGCCAUCUUACGUCUAUUCACGCAAUUGGAAUGGAUUACCGAAGUCUUGGAAGAUAUAGAGCAAGGCAAAUUACGAGAUACGCCUGAAAUGACUUUAUUGGACAUUGCCUUCCAGUCUGAAAUGGAUUUACAGAUUGCUGAGACUGCUAAAGCUUAUGAUGCCAUGCUGUAUCGGGAGGCCGUUAAGGAGGGAUUUUAUCAAUUGCAGACUGCCAGAGACUCGUAUCGAGAUGCUACAUCGCCUGGACGCGGUAUAGAUAAUCAUGGUAUGCACAAGCAACUUGUAUUGAGGUUUGUUGAAGUGCAGGCCUUGUUGUUGGCUCCUAUUACACCGCAUUGGUCUGAGCACGUGUGGCAGAACUUGUUGAAAAAGAGAGAGCUUCGUAACUGGGUUCCUCAACCAUCCAGCAUUCUCCAUGCACUAUGGCCUGAAACCAAACCUAUAGAUACUGUCGCACUAGCAUCAGUUUCGUAUCUCAGAGACAUAGCACAUAACGUUCGAGCUAGUGAAGAUCAGAUUGCCAAGAAGGCUGCCAAACGUGGUCAAGCUGUCGUAUCUGGAGGUGUGAAAAAGUAUCGAAUCUUUUGGGCUAGCAGGUUCCCGGAGUACCAGGAGCAGGGCAUCGCGUUAUUAAAGGAGACUUAUGAUGCGAAAACGCAAACAUUUUCAAACAAGGAAAAGGAAUUGGCUGCUCAGCGUGGUCUCAACAAGGACAAGCGAUUCAUACCCUUCCUGGUAGAAUUCAAGAAACGAGUAGAAUCAACUGGGCCAUCAGCAUUCAAUCUAGAACUUGCAUUUAACGAACACCAUGUAUUGACAUCGAAUAUGGAGAUCUUGAAGAGAUCUCUAAACACUGAACAUGUUGAGAUUGUACGGAAGGAGGAUGUUGAUGCCGCAUCGCCUGAUAUGGUCAAGGCUGAGACGGCGUUGCCUGGUAAGCCAUCAUAUACCACCGUGUAG